UCUAAGCAAAAAUAUAUACAUACAGUGUACAGAAACUACAAACGUAACGGCACACAAUGGAAGUCACAUCGGAAAGAAAAGCUUACUACAAAAGGGAAAGAAGGAAGUUCGCCCUGAUCACCUACCUCCUGACCGCAAUUUUUUUGCUCUUAGCCCUGUUGCAGUGGGUUAUUUUCUACUUUGUAGAUGUUAUAAAGUUAUUUUUUAUUGAAUAUUAUUUGGUGAGCUGCAUUUUCUUUGGAAUAGGACUGGUCCUUCUCGUUCUUUUCAUUUUCUUUGAGGCAUUGCGUUUCAAUAAAAUGAUAAAUUGGUUGUUUGCUGUACUUAUUUUUGAAUGCAUUGUGCUCGGGAUGGCACCUUUGAUUACUCACCACUAUACGUAUCAAUUCCUUUUUAGCUUCUUUAUUUGGACAGUGGCUUUGGCACUUUUUAUCUUAUGCGGUUCCUGCAUACCGCUUGAUCUGACUUUGGAUGUGGUGGUUCUAUUUGUCCUUGCUGUGGUAUCCAUUAUUGCCGCUAUAUACUUUGUGAUGUUGUAUAUUGUGAUCAACGCUCCAUAUUCGUUUAUCGUGGCUCGUUUCUUUAUCGUAAUCAGCAUCUUGAUGUUCGUCAUGUACCAUGCUCAGAUUAUAAAUGGUGGAAGGUUUGCCGAGAUGCGUACUCAGGACUAUUUCCUGGGAGCAUUAAUGUUGUUCCUUGAUUUCCUUCUUCUCUACCUUUUCUCAUUCCAAAUGGCGCCAAAGUGGUCUGACUUAUGUGACAGUGAGCUAUCGAAAAAUUUGGUCUUAUUCAAGGAUACCACGACAGCAGGGUGGACAGGGAGCUCGAAUGAUUAUUAUGGCUACGUGAAAGACACAACUACCAACCACCCCUAAAACCGUUACUCAACACUGCAGUCAAGUUGGCGCCAAAACACACAGCUGAUUUCAUUUCGCG